UCAGGCCAGCUGCUCUGGAGCGCGUUCACGCAGCAGGUCAGGUCUGGAGAUGUCGGCGCCGUCUCCGCGUUCCAAGCCUGGGAUCCAAAAUUAUUCCGUCUCCUUACGGGAGCCGACUAUGAGGACAAAAUGUUUAGAUGAUCGCCCAUCUCUAAUUUGAGCUCGGACAAUUGGCCCUUCCAGAUUGGACUAAUUUCCUCCUAAGGAGUCGCUGCCGUCUGAGUCACCAUGGAAACGGUGGUUAUUGUGGCUAUUGGGGUGCUUGCAACCAUUUUCCUGGCCUCUUUCGUUGCCCUGGUGGUGGUGUGCCGGCACCGAUACUGCCAUCCGCACGACCUGCUGCACCACUUUGACUCCAAACCCACUCUGGAUUUGAUUGGAGCCAUGGAGACGCAGAGCGAGCCAUCAGAGAUGGAGCUGGAUGAUGUGGUCAUCACCAAUCCUCACAUUGAAGCCAUCCUGGAGAACGAGGACUGGAUAGAGGACGCUUCGGGCUUGGUGUCUCACUGUAUCUCCAUCCUGAAGAUCUGCCACACUUUGACAGAGAAGUUGGUUGCCAUGACGAUGGGCUCAGGGGCUAAAGUCAAAGCACCAGCCAGCUUGAAUGACAUUAUAUCUGUGGCUAAGCGCAUUGGCCCAAGAGUGGACGAUGUGGUCAGAUCCAUGUACCCUCCGCUGGAUCCAAUACUCCUGGAUGCCAGGGCCACUGCUUUGCUCCUUUCAGUCAGCCACCUGGUGCUGGUCACUCGCAACGCCUGUCACAUGUCCGGCAGCAUGGACUGGAUCGACCAGUCCCUGCACGCUGCAGAAGAUCACAUGGAGGUCAUCCGUGAGGCGGCGCUGGCCUCUGAACCAGAACGAUACAUACUUGGAGCUGAUGCUCAGAGAGAACAGUCCAUCUGAAAAAAGCCGGGAAGUCCACUUCAUUUUCUGGUUCAAGAAUUAUAUAAACCCACUUUUUUUUUUAAACUAAUCACUGAGUCAAGAGUAAAAAGGAUGUUCUGAUGCAGACAAUGAGACGGCAAUGCACCCUUAUUCCCACAAAAAGGCAUAAUUUAUUUCAGAGUGCAAACAAUUAUCUUUUACUUAAUUGGGAUGUUGGGUAAUACAUGUCAAUUCAAUGUCACACACUUAUGAAGCUUUGUUACUGAUAUUAUUUGAACAAAAAGGUGCAAUUAAUGUGCCAUCACCCAACUCACAUGAACCUGCAGCACAGUCACAUGAAGGCUUAGUCACAUAAUCCAUUCUGGCAAAAUAACAUGCGGCAGACGGUGAACCCAAAAGGUUUGGCUUGACUCGGCGGAGUAAAACGACACUAG